AUGGACAAUUUUCCAAACAUUGGAGCAUCUGGCGAAGACGCUGAUAACUUUGUGGAUAGCUUUGAAGAUUUUACUGAGGGAACUACAGAAAAUAACCCCGAUUUAGAUGGAAGUAAUGAUGAGUUUGCAGAGUUCGAAGACGCUACAUUUGAGCCUGCAACAGAUUUACCUGAACAAUCUAGUGGCUCAACUUUAAAUAAUUUAAAUUUCGAUUCAAUGGACAACAAAUCCUUGACUGAAGCCUUGUGCCAAGUAUUAGAUAACAUAUUCCCAGUAACGAAUACCACCCCAUUUAAUGAACAUUCAACAAAUGUAUCUGGUGAUAAAGGAUUGGCAUCUGUAUUUAUUACACCAACAAGUUUAGAAAUAUGGAAACAAAUAUCUGAUGAAUCAGACAAACAACUUUUUCAAUGGAAAAGGUCAAUAAUAAGAAAAGAAUUUUAUUCAAACCUAGGAAUCACAAUCGAUGCUUUGGAAGAUAUGAAGUCCAAAUAUAUAGUAAAUUCGACUACUACUAUUACUUCAGUAACCUUGCCUUCAAAACCCAUUAAUCCUAUACCGACUUCAAAUAAAGCGGUGACUUUAUCAGCACCUGUUAGUCGUUCAUCGACACCUGAUUCAACACAUAAUAAUCUUUCAAGUUCUUCCCAUGGUAAUCUUCCAAAACAAAAAAUUUCGCAGACACAGGUCGAUGAACCUAAACAACUUGACAUAGGUUUGGCUAGAAUGUUAUGUUCAAUAUCAGAAGAAACUUUACAGACAUUUACAAACGUUCAAUUACGCAAUAUAAAAUCUGAACUUCUUUCAUUAUCGAGUCAAACUUCUGAUGCACUAACGUUUUGGCUGGACCAACGUGAACAAACGAUUAUGGACUCUGAAACUUAUAACCAAAUGAUUGAAUGUCUUGUAGGACAUGCGCAAAAAAUUAGAGAUGGUGGUGGAAUCGGAAAUCAAGCAAAAAUAGGAUGGAAUAGUCGAGGUAUAAAAUUAAUGAAAAAAGGUAGUGGCACUGUAGCAAGUGGAUUAGCAUCUUUGAGUUUGCCCUUUAAGAAGCAGAGAAAUCAAUCAAGUCAAACAAAUUCGCCAGUGACUUCCACAUCAAUUGUGGCAGAUGUUUUUAAAAAUAAUGGGGGUAGCAAUGACGUAUAUGAAAGACCAUUAUCCAUGUGA